CCACUCCUAGAGCUGUUGUUGCAGAUUUAAAAUGCGCAGUUUCAUUAUGUGCCCGCCAUUUUCACACAGUGAAAGAGCUAGUGUCUCACUUAAAUGAUCAUAUUGGAGAGGGCAGGUCUGUGUCAUGUCCAGUAAGUGGUUGUAAGCACAUGUUUACAAAAAAGUCAUCAUUUACUUCUCACAUGUGUAGGAAGCAUAAAGCAUGCUCCCCUGAUGGUAUUGAUGACAUGUACAGGGAAACUCGCCCUCAGCCCCCAAAUUGCAUUGCCAGUACAGAUGAUUCAGAAAACACACAUGAUGCUAUGCCAACAGCCAGUGCUGCCAGUGAUAUGCCAGAGGUUGAUAGUCAUUCUUAUCUCAGAAACAUGUGUCUAUUUUAUCUUAAACUGCAAGGACAGCUGCUUGUACCUGCCUCUACUAUACAGACUAUUGUAGAGGAAAUGCAAAAUGUGCAUGACUUAGGUCAAGCCUACACAAUAAAUAAAGUAAGUUCUUUAUUAAAAAAUGAUAUGAGUCUAUCAGAUGAAGCAGUCACUAAAAUUUGUGACUGCAUUAAAGAGUCAGAUUUGUUCUCUUCCUGUCAUCAGGGACAAUUAAGAACAACAUACACCAGAAAUCAGACAUUCAAAAAAAUGUUUAAAUACACGGAACCCCGAAAAGUGGCAUUGGGAAUUGAUGAAAACAUGACACAAAAAUUCGCAUACUACAUACCAGUUGCAGAAAGUCUGAAGAGCUUUCUACAGUCAGAUUUAUGGAGGAAUACACAGGCACAACAGUUUGGUGAUCCUGAUGUAGAGGUUUUUACCGAUUUAUAUGACGGACAAAAUUUCAAAUGCCACCAGUUCUUUAAUGAAAACCCUGAAAGCCUCAAACUGAUUUUGUACCAAGAUUCAUUUGAAGUGGUGAAUCCCCUGGGUUCUGGUAAAAAGACGCACAAAGUGCUUGCAGUCUAUCUUUCAUUAGCAAAUUUACCCAUCCAUUUGCGUUCCAAUACUGAUAAUAUGUUUUUGGUCUUGUUAUGUGUUGAGAAUGACUUUAAGCGUUUUGGAAUAGCCAAAGUUUUCUCAGAGUUGUUAGCAGAUCUGAAAUCCUUGGAGACGGAUGGAAUAAAUGUAGAUGGGGAAACAGUAAAAGCGGGUCUUUACUGCAUUGCUGGGGAUAACUUGGGUUCUCAUUGUGUAGGUGGGUUUACAGAAAACUUCAGCACCUCUCAAUAUUUUUGCAGAUACUGUGAAAUCACAAGAACUGAGUUUCAUGCUGAUCCGAAUGCCUGUGGUCCUCCACGCACCCCAGAGACGUAUGCCACGGCUGUGGAGGGUCUCCAGGCUGAAGACAUCCAAUGUGUCAGAGGAAUAAAGGCAAACUCUGUCUUUAAUACCCUUGAGUCUUUUCACGUCUCCCAGCCUGGUCUCCCUCCUUGUUUAGGUCAUGACCUCUUUGAAGGAGUCUUGUCAUAUGAUCUAGCACUGUACCUGAAGAACAUUAUAAAAAAGAAAAAAUGGUUCACAUACAACCUCUUAAACAGGCGCAUCAAGCAGUUUAAGUAUAAAGGAUCUGAAGCGCUCACAAAGCCAUGUGCUGUCAAACCUGACGGAGCAAAGUUAUCAGGGCAAGCCGUUCAAAACUGGAACCUUUUGAGAUUGCUACCAGUUUUGAUUGGUGACAAAGUUCAAAACCAUCAGGAUGAAGUAUGGCAGUUAGCUCUCCAGUUAAAAGACAUUGCAGAUCUUAUUUGUGCUCAGAAAAUUUCCUUGUCGCAGAUAGCAUAUGUUGACAUUUUGAUCCAAGAAUAUUUGGAGAUGAGAAAGUUGUUGUUUCCUGAAAUUCAACUAAAACCCAAGCACCACUAUUUGCGCCAUUAUUCAGCACUGUUGUUGAAAUUUGGUCCAUUGAUGAGGUUAUGGACCCUUAGGUUUGAAAGUAAACACAGUUAUUUCAAAAGAUGUGCCAGACACUUGAAAAAUUUCAAAAACAUUUGUCAAACUUUGUCAGAGCGUCAUCAGAUGUAUCAGGCAUAUCUUUUAGCUGGGCAAGAAUGCGGUACACUACUGCAAGUGAAGGAGAGCUGUGCGUUUUAUCCCAACCUCUACAGUGACACUAUCAAACAUGCAGUCAGGGAGUUAGCCUUUUCAGAAAACGAUACCAAAGUUACCACAGACAUUCAGUAUAAGGGCACUGCAUAUAAAAAAGGACAGUUUCUUGUGUACAGAAAUGAUGAGUAUAUGGACUUUGGUGAACUUCUACUCAUCUUGAUUCAAAAUGACACAUCUGUGUAUAUUUUGAUGGAUAUCCACAAAGGCACCUUCCUCUCAGAAUACCAUCUGUAUUCUGUGACAAAGGACAGUCUUGGGUUACAGUGUAUCAACAUUGAUGACCUGCCCGAUUUCUAUCCUUUGGUAUCCUACAUUCUGGAUGGAUACCAAGUCAUUCCACUAAAACACAGUAUUGUGGAAAAAUAAAGUCCAAUUAAAGCGGACUUACUUCUCAUUGUAAAUAGUUUGACAUUAAUAUAAGUGUUGGCUGAUGCAUGUCCUUGCUCUGUUAAAGGUUCACUAAGCAGAAUAGUCAGUUUAGCUAACUUCCUGUCACUGACUGCAGUUAGCAGUCCCCUCCCUCGUCCCUACGUCACCACAUUAAUGCACUGCGGUCUUCAAGCAGCGAGUUAUCUAGCAUAAUUUCAGAUCCAUAAGUGUGAUAAAAACAUAAUAAAAACCAUCAAUACAGGCAUUGGGAUCCCCGAAAAGUUGAUUUGGCGAUUACAUGCAGAGGGAGUGACUGAGAGAUCGGCUUUAUGAAACGUGCACACUAUUUAAAUGAUCACUGUAUUAAUAAAGAGCGGUUUAACACUUAUAUUAGCAUCAAUAAAUAGCUUACUUCACCUUUAAGUGUAUAAACUGUAUAUAAUCUUUUCUGUUCUGUUUGAAGGUGGCAUUUGUUCUUCAGUGCAAAUAUGUGUGACGCAGAGCGAACCUUCCUAGAUGUCGCCAUCACUGAAUUCCUACCAGAACUUCCAGCAGUAAUCAAAACCAUCCUGGAAGAGCACUUGCAGUCCCUUGGUGUGGAGAUGGCUGAUGAUCUACGCUUCAUAACGGAGGCUGAUUUGAUGACAGCGUUAAGACCUGUACAAGCCAGAAAGCUUCUUUCUGCUUGGAAACGGAAAUACCAGACUCCCGAGAACAGCUCACCAUCAUCUGAGGCAGCCUCAUCUACCCAAUUGCUGUCAUAUCUCUCAGUUUCACCCGG